AUGUUUUGUUUGAAAUGGGUCAAUACUCUCUUGAUCGGCAAAACUGAGAAAUUGCCGUUUGGUGAAGAACCAGAAGGACCAAUAAUGGAUAUGCCGGACCUUGUGAUGAGAAAGAUUAUGGAAAAUGUGGAUUUUAUAACGAUGCUGAAACUUCGAAAAGUGUGUCACGCGUUUCGAAACUUCAUUGAUGAUACAAAACUGGAUAAUGAGUUGAAAAAAGUCAAUAUCAAAGUGACACCGUCAUCGAUAUAUGCGUUUUUCAAUUUCGCUUCAGCACCUUGGAAAUCUGCAAACUUUUAUUACAUUAGAUAUGGGAACCACUGUUUGUUAAAAGUCAAGGAAGGAAGAAUUGAAAAAGCUAAACUCAUAAAAAACCAAGAUUUAGUAGAUGUAUUUUUCAUCGACUUUGGUUUUAUUUUUAGAAACCAAUCAAAACAAUUGGAAAAGAUGAAUAUCGAGACAUCAUCAUCUGAUUGGUAUAUACCAAAUCACUAUGACCGAGAUGUUAUGAACAGCCACAGAGCUACGUAUUCAAUUUAUGGAUGCUGCACUUGUACACGUCCUUUGACAUAUACCUUCGAAGCUGAAAAGCAUCUUAAAAAAAUAAACAAGAAGUAUAAGUUGCAACCAACUGCCGAUAAAUUUCAUGAUCGAUUUGAUUGCAUUGUGAAAUCAAGAGAAUCUCUCAUUUCUAUACAAAAAUUGGAUAUGAGAGUUUUGCGACCAAGUUAUUUUUGA